AUGUCUUCACUUGGUCGUCUUUGCCGUAUCGCUUUACCCAAACAAUCACAUCAAAUCCGACUUGCAUCAACACAAUUUGUUGCUGGACGCAAAGGAUAUGCACCAGGAUUCGAAGCACCUGAAGGAACCAGAGAAAAUACCAAAACAAUCAACAAGCGCAGAGAUUUAGGCAACUCACUUCCUUCUCACUUGGAAGGCACUAAACCUACUUCAACCAAGGAAACCACUACUAGUCCUAAGAAAUUGUAUCGUCAAGAGCUCAAGGUCACACGCCACAAGUAUGCACGUGAAUUGUUAGAAAAGCAUGGUCAAAGACAAAUGAAAUCUGCCGAGAAAUUAGCCAUGACAGAAGCCAAAGACAAGCAAAGCAAAGAAGCCUUGCUUUCAGCCAAGAAGCAACAACAAGCACACGAGCAAGAGGUUGUUGAAUUACUAGAUUUGGAGACCAUCGAAAAGGGCGAAACAGAUAGAAAUCAAAAACGUCUUGUUAAUCGAUUGCAACUCGAAGAAGCACAGCGAAACACACGACGCAAGCAGCUGUUGAAAUUGUACGCCAACACAGACUCUUUUGUGACACUGGAUAAUUUGGAUGCCAAAGUGGAUGCUGUUAUGACUUCAGAGGGUAGAUCUUUCCACGAGGAUUUCAACGAGUUAAUGCACAGCACUAGCACUAUUCAAUCGGAAAUUGAGCAAAGAAAGGCACAAUUAAAGGAAGUGAUGGGUCUCUAG